ACUUGAUUAUUGACAUCUGUCAAAUGGGAUUUCGUAAUUGGAAUAGAGAUUAAGUUGUGUUCUCAAAUAUUAAGUGUAUAAUCUAUGCCGUAUAAUCUAUGAUCUAUGAACUAGGUUACAAAUUGAGAUGAAUCUUUCUCUAAAAUUAGUAAUUUGUGAUUAUUUUCUUUUCUUUUAAACUGAUAAAUAUAAAGCUUAGGUUCACAACUUGAAAUAACAAUAGUACAAAAUUUCAAUCAUGUCACACAUUAAUGAUUUGAUAGGUGUAGCCCGUGGCUUACGGCUAGUUGUUGAAGCCAGUACAAAGAUGCAGCAGGAAGCAUGUAGUAUUAUGUGGAAUAACUCUAGCAUUAGGCCACUCCUACAACAAUGCCCAACUAACCCACUCACAGCUUAUAAACCUAGUGCUGAUACUGCAAAAGAUGUAAUCGAAAGAGCAGUGGUUGUUGCUCAUGGCUUAAGGAAAUAUGUUGUAAUGAAUGUGCCUAAUUUAAACCCUGAUAUCGAAGGCAAGGUAGAAAUGGACCCCAAAUUGCAACAGGAGAUUGAAGAGUUGAAUCGAGAAUUCAACAGAACAUUUGCCACCUUAGAACAGAAAGUUCAGAAUAAAGAUAGCCCAGCUGAAUUUGUAUCACCACUAGAAAAUAUUAAAAUGCAACCUGAGCCAUCCAGAAUUGAGAAAGAUGAAGUUAAAACAGAAAUACCCAAGUUUGAAAGUGUUAAACCUAAGUUUGAAACUUUGAGUAAUACAACACAAUUUGCAACACAAACAAUACCAAAACCAGUUGCUAAAAAGAAAAUACGUGUAUCUCUUAGUGAAAAUUCCAAAGCUCGUGUAGUACCAUCGUCGAGAAUAGGUCGUAUGAUUUCGUUUGGUUCACUAGCAGCUGGACUCGGAGUCGGCACUAUAGCACAGUAUGCACGCAAUACUUUGCAGUCAGUCACAGGACAAGCCGAUGAAGCCGCUAAUUCAUUUUUGUCUCCAGCUAAUGCUGAAAGAAUUGUUGACACGCUUUGUAAAGUCAGAGGAGCAGCACUGAAACUAGGUCAAUUAUUAAGUAUACAAGACGAAUCUGUGAUAUCCCCGGAACUUCAACGAAUAUUCGAGAGAGUACGGCAGUCUGCCGAUUUCAUGCCAGCAUGGCAGGUAGAAAAGGUGAUGAGUUCGCAACUUGGACCCGACUGGAGAAGUAAAGUACAAAGCUUCGAAGAGAAACCUUUUGCUGCAGCUUCUAUAGGUCAAGUGCACUUGGCUGUACUGCAUAAUGGUCGGGAGGUCGCAAUGAAGGUUCAAUAUCCCGGAGUCGCGAAAGGGAUUAACAGUGACAUUGACAACCUUGUAGGAGUUAUGAAGGUAUGGAACAUGUUUCCUAAAGGCAUGUUCAUAGAUAACGUUGUGGAAGUGGCGAAAAAAGAACUAGCCUGGGAAGUCGAUUAUAUACGUGAAGCGGAAUGUACUAGAAAGUUCAAGACUCUAUUGGCACAGUAUCCUGAAUACUUCGUUCCUGACGUCAUAGACGAAUUGUGCGCACAGGAAGUGAUAACAACAGAACUGAUAGACGGCGUACCUCUCGAUAAGCUAUUCGACGCAUCCUAUGAGACACGCGUCGAUAUCGCGUCCAAGAUCAUGAAGCUGUGCCUCAGAGAAAUGUUCGUACUAAGAUGUAUGCAAACAGAUCCGAAUUGGGCCAAUUUCUUCUACAAUACUAAUACGAAACAGGUAAUAUUGUUAGAUUUUGGAGCUACAAGAGAGUACUCCAAGGAAUUCAUGGAUCAGUACAUUGAGAUAAUUAAGGCAGCCUCAUUGGGCGAUCGCGCUGCUAUAUUGAGAAUGUCGCGUGAGAUGAAAUUCUUGACUGGCUAUGAAUCUAAAAUCAUGGAAGAAACGCACGUUGACACUGUCAUGAUAAUGGGCGAAGUAUUCACCAGUGAAGGCUCCGGCGAUUUCGACUUCGGAACCCAACAAACAACGAGACGGAUACAAGCCUUAGUGCCGACGAUACUAACGCAUAGACUCUGUCCGCCCCCGGAGGAAAUAUAUUCAUUACACAGGAAACUCUCAGGCGUCUUUCUGCUAUGCUCGAAGAUGAAAAUUAAAAUGAACUGCAGGGAUAUGUUCAAUGAGAUUUACGAUCAAUAUAAGAGCAACAGCCUCAGGUAAUUGUUGUUAUGAAAUCUAUAUAGCAAAAUUGUCGUUGUUAAACUAAUAUUUGUUAUGUGUUAUUAUUUGAUAAUUUGAACAUUUGCACCAUUAUAACCACGCUAUAUAUAAGACAGAAGUAAAGAAAUUUGGUUAAAGUUAAGUUUUUAUUCAGCAUCACAAAGUAAUGGUAGGUGGUGGUGGGACCUCUUGUGAGCCCGCGCGGGUAGGUACCACCACCCUGCCUAUUUCUGCCGUGAAGCAGUAAUCCGUUUCGGUUUGAAGGGCGGGGCAGCCGUUGUAACUAUACUUGAGACCUUAAAACUUAUAUCACAAGUGGGUGGCGCAUUUACGUCGUAGAUGUCUAUGGGUUACAGUAACCGCUUCACACCAGGUGGGCUGUGAGCUCGUCCACACACCUAAGCAAUAAAAAAAAUACAUUUAGGACAUAGCAUAUUGAUUUGACAACGACGGUGUAGUGUUAAAUAGUAUUAUUGAAAACGAAGCUACUUUUCUUAAAUUCGAAAAUAUGAGAAAAAUAAAAACAAGUAUGUCACAACAAGUUGUUGGUGGAAAGAGUUUUUGAUUCGGCAAUAAGAUUUUUGGUUUAUUUUAUAAAAUGUAUUUUAACUGUCAUGCUUUCGAAGAGUUGCUUUUUUCUAGGACAAAACGAGAACAAUAUACCAUGGUGAAUAAAAAGUUUUUCACUAUAAAUCGAACAAUCAACUUCAUGAUAAUUAUUUUCAGUAGCUAUUUUAUUAAAAAACAAUUGAAUUUAACAUAGAGAUCAAAACUAUUAAUAUUUAUUAAUAGAUUUCAAUCAUAAUGUUAAUUUUGUUGCAUUUCUUGCAUUUUGUUGCAUACUUAGAAUAAUUUUUUAUAGAACUAACACGAAUUCUAAUAGUCAAAUUGAAUGUCACAGUUAAGAGUGUUGAGGAAAAACUUGUCGAUAAAAUUAUAUAUUUAUAAUUUUUAAAUAAAUCUUUGACUUAUGCCUAUUCAUUGUUUAUCCAAUUGAAUUGAAACAGCUGCUAUUUGCAUUUCAAGAUUUUUUUUAAAUGCCAAUUGUGUGGUAGUUUAAACAAAUGCUUAUAAUUAAGACUUUCAACGUGCUGAUCAAAAGUUACUAAUUCUAUACAAAUAUGAGUGAUGGGUGGGUUUAAGUUACAUACAUAUAUGAUUGUCCUGACUAUAACAGUUUUAAGUGCAAGGUACAAACUAAUAAUAUAAUUUGUAACUAGACUGUUUAUGUAUCUUGAAGGGUAAUUAUCAAUAAUUUAACAUUUUCUUUUUGAGAAGUGGUCACAAUAACACGAAAAUGAUUUUAAAGUUAUUAGUCGUGACAAAUAUCUUAUUUGACAGGGUAAUAUACCAAUUAUAAUGAGUGAUAAAGUUUUAACAGAUUGGGCCUUGUGAUACUAAUGUGCAUAAUUACUUAAUAUUAGUGAAAACGAAUUAUUGUACUGAUAAUAUUAUGUGCGCAACUGAUGUACAUGUUAUUCGAGAAGGCUUUAAUUUCACAUGAGAGACUUUCCAGUUAGUGUUAUUAUACAAAUAAAUGAAAAAUAAACAAUUGCACGGUGCUAAAUAAAUUAGAGUUAUAGGAACUGCAAGAAAAAAUAAUAAAUAUCCUAAUCACUAUUUCUUUACUGAAGAUAAUUUAAAAAAUAUAUAUUUUCAUAAUAUGAUUGUUUCUUUAUUCUGAAAGUCGACAUCGAAUAUAGAGAUCAUCUUUAUUUCGUAAUAGAUCCUAUAUUUCAUUAGGACUUUAAUGUAAUAUCAAAAUGUAAACAACAUUGAAAUGUAGUGACUUAGUUAUAUUUAGUUAUGUGUAAAUAAAGUCCUUGUAACGUAAAUCUUUGGAUACCCUAUCCUUUUAACUGCAUCAUUCAAUUUAACAGCAAUAAAUAGUUGACACGUGAUGAGUGUUUACUCUAAAAUACCUGUGUCUAUAAAAUUUGUACGGUGCUAUCUUUUCAAAUGCCAACCUCAAAAAUAAUAAAGUUAUUAGGUACAUAAAAUGUUUUUCAAAUAGCAUUGUAGGUUGAACAAUGUAGUACAUAGUGCGCGUUAAUAUUAUCAUAUAAUUUAUGUGUAUUUUAUUAAGCUUGUAAGAGUAAAAUUAAUUAAGUUCAAUAAAAUCAGCUUUGUGGAAA